AUGUUUGUUUGCUUUCUCUACAGUGAAACUGGAAGCAGCUUCAACAGAGUCAAUAGUAUGUCAAGGCCCAGUGGAAAGUCCAUUUACUGCCAGCGGAGGCAAUACUCUGAGGCUGUGUUAAAAGAUCAGCAUGAAUUCCAGCACCGUGUGGAGCACCUUCUGACUUGCCACACUGAUGGCAAAGAAAUUAUCAAUGCAGAUAACUGUAUUGAUCGACUCAAGAUUAUGGAUGCCCAAGGCCAGGUGUGGGGACAAGACAUGUUUUUACAGGUGAAGGAUCACAAGCUGCUGCUAACAGAUAUUGAGGCAGAGGAAGAGCUGGACUGCUACCCACUGGAAUGCAUCCAGGACUGUGCUUACAUUCUUGACAGCUGCAUCUAUAACUCCAUCUUGGCCAUCACCGUGAAAGAGAUUAACCUGCGCAGGACUAGUAUCCUCCUCUUUCAAUGCGAGCAGAUUGGAGCUGCAUUGCUGAAGACCAAACUGGAGAAAGCCAUCAGGGAGUGGAGAGAUGAACGGCAGAACCAUGACUUGCUCAGGAGCAACCUGGAAAAUAUGUUGUACCAGCAGAGCAAGGCAUCAGGUAAAGGCAGACCACCAGGAAUUCCCCCGGGCAGAAAGACAUCUGGGCUGGAGCAUACUCCUCCUCCUCCAUCACAAGCACCUGAGCAGCUGCUGGGGCAGCAUCCUUGGAAAACUGGGCCAGUCUCCAUGGACCAUGAUGCUGACAUUGAACCACGACUUGACCAGUGGCAGCAGAACAGUGCACUAGUGUGGGAUAAUCCUGGCCUUCCUCCGAUGAUACAGGAUCUGGACAGAGACACUGAGGUCCUGAAUCAUGUCUUGAAUGACAUUGAGAUCUUCGUGGGAAAGCUGGAAAAUGCCACAGCCUCCUUGAAUGACAAAAAGAAAAAAUUAAAAAAGAAGAAAAAUCAGGACAACAAGGGUGAGUAAGGAUUGCCUUCAAAACCUGAGUUUGAGGAUUGUUUCCAGAAGAUUAAAUACGGUUUCAAUUUGCUGGGGAAACUUGAAGACACCAUGCAGCAACCCACAGCUCCUGAAAUGGUUCGCCUGGUUUUUUCCACUCUCUCCAUUGUUUUGGCCAAUUGUCCCUGGGCCAACCUGGCUUCUACGGUAGUCUCACCUUUGCUGAGUCCUGCAGGUAUUGACCUGCUGAAACGCUCUCUGAAUCAUAAAGAACAAGUUAUUUGGAGAAGUUUGGGAGCUGCCUGGAAUCUAACCAGGGCAGAGUAUCCAGAGGGACAAUCCAUCCCUCCUUACAAUCCCAAGUUCUCAGACGGAUGGGUGCUGCCUAUGCCUACUCAGAGGCAAAGCUCCAUGGACUCAGAUAAGGCCCGCAAUGGAAUGAAAAAUAGCUUCUCAGAGAGGGCAUCGGAUUGUCCCCAACUCAUGCAAGCCAUUUAUGAGUUCCAUGCAAGAAAUUCCAAGGAGCUUACUGUGACCAAAGGAGAUCUGCUAGAGGUGUUGGACCAGCGGAAAAAAUGGUGGCUUGCUAGAAAUUCUGCAGGGGAAGAGGGUUACAUUCCUAACAAUAUUCUGGAGCCUGUGGAUCACAAGGCAUUUAAAGGAGACAACAUAGAGCAAAUCUCAAGAAGCUUCCCUGACCUCCAUCCCAAUUCUUCACCUGCAGAGGUCACAGUCUGGCUCAGGACAAAAGGCUUCUCCAAGAUCGCUGUUAAAUCCCUUGGUGUCCUCAAUGGGCAGCAGCUUCUGUCAAUGAGCCAGGAAGAGCUAAAAACAGUCUGCCAGGAAGAAGGGCACAGAAUUUCUCUCAUGCUUGCAGCAGUCAAGGCAUCACUGCAGUAAGUUCUCCAGAAUAGCCUUCAGCUAUUUUCAGCCAUUCUAUGGUUUGCAUCUAAGAUACCAUCUCUGCAACAAGUAAUGACUCUCAUAUUCAUUGCCGUUCAAGAACAUAUCCUCAUUAUGCAUGGUUAUCCUUAGGUGGCACAUACAUACACAUAUAGCUGUAAUGGUUAAUAAACAGUAAAAGUUGGUGCCAGCAAGAGAUACUGUUGCUGUUGUUAUUCUAAGUUAUCUAUAGUUUAAAGUUAUGUAACAUUUUACAGCUGUAGAGAUUGUGUUAUCAAUCUUCCAAGACUUAACAAAAGUGGUAGGUAGCAAACACUAUUCUUCACUGAAACAGAAUCAAUCCUACUUGAGUUCAAAUUCAACAAUUUAAUGGAAUAUCCUUUUGUUUUCUUAAACAAUGUUGACUUUCAAUUCUCUGUUGUCAGUACCCCUGUAGUUUUGUAUCUAAUAAAGACUUUUAAGA